CUGUUAUUCAUCGACCGUAUAUCAUUCCCGGUUAAUACGUUGAUUUUACUUGAUCCAGAGUAUUCCAAAUUUUCUACGCUCGCACCAUGACGAUUGUUCCUCUCGCUACUAAGACGGUGGUGGCUGCAUCACCCCCUCAGCCCUCAGUGAUCCCCUUGAUUAUCAAUGGAGAGGAAGAAUCGACAGAGUCUACAUUCGAUGUGAUCAGCCCAUAUACCAGCGAGCCGUGCUGGUCGGCCGCCUCUGCCUCCCCGCAAGAUGCCAUCCGCGCAGUGGAGGCAGCAGAGGCAGCCUUCCCAGCGUGGUCGCAAACCAAACCCACCGUGCGACGCGACAUCCUCCUUAAGGCGGCAGACAUUCUGGAAAGUCGGCUCGAGCAGAACGCGGAAUACAUGCGGACGGAAAUGGGCGCCGACGUGGGCGCGUCGCAGUUCUUCAUCGUUCCACUCGGGAUUCGCAUGCUCAGGGACAUCGCGGGGCGCAUCACUUCCAUUUGUGGUAGCGUGCCCGUAGUCGAGGAAGAGGGUCAGAGUGCGAUGAUCUGCAAGGAGCCCAUGGGGGUCAUUCUGGGAGUUGUGCCUUGGAACGCACCCUACGUCUUCGGUGUGCGCGCGGCAGCCUGCGCACUCGCGGCUGGUAACACGACGAUUCUCAAAUCUUCCGAGCUCACGCCCUGCAGCUACUGGGCGCUAACCCGUGCAUUCAUCGAUGCAGGUGUGCCUGCCGGCUGCUUCAAUCUGCUCUCUUGCCGGCCCCAAGAUGCCCCUGCGGUGGUCAACGCCAUGAUCGAGCACCCCGCCGUGCGCAAAAUCAACUUUACCGGUAGCACGGCGGUGGGCAGGAAGCUUGCCGCCACCUGCGGUCAGAACCUCAAGCCCUGCCUGAUGGAGCUGGGCGGAAAGAACAGUGCGAUCGUGCGCGCCGAUGCUAAUAUCGAGACGGCUGUCAAGGGCGUGCUAGGAGGUGCUUAUCUGAACUCGGGCCAAAUUUGCAUGUCCACGGACCGCAUCAUCGUCCACUCGUCCAUCGCAUCGUCUUUCAUCGAUGCCCUCAAAAAGGCCCUCAACUCGAACAUCGAUCCCUCGUCUCCUCCCCCAACGCUGGUCAACAUGGCUUCCAAAAAGCGGGUCGAAAAUUUGGUGAAAGAUGCAUUGGAUAAUGGCGCGCAGUUGCUUUCAGGCUCCGUAGGCGAGGAGACGCCACAGGACGGAGAUGGCGUGCGCAUGCCACCAGUCCUUUUGAGCAAUGUGACGGAGAACAUGACCGUGUGGCAAGAAGAGGCUUUUGCUUCGGUGGCAGCCUGUAUGGUCGUCGACAGCGAUGAGGAAGCCAUCCGUCUGGCGAAUAACAGUGGUUAUGGCCUUUCUGCAGCGGUGUUCACCGAGGACCUUCGUCAAGGCCUGGCGAUGGCCCGGAAGAUCCAAUCGGGUGCCGUACACAUCAACAGCAUGACUGUCCACGACGAACCUGUCCUUCCGCACGGCGGAGUGAAGAACAGCGGUUGGGGCCGUUUCAAUGCAUCCCAAGGGUUGGAGGAAUUCUUGGUGACGAAGAGCGUGACCUGGAUGGACUGAGCAAGUGCAUGAGAAGCAAGACCUAGACGAACCGAUGUACAUAGAAUCAUUUCGGAGCGCGGUGUACAUGAUAUCCCUUAUUGCCGACCGGGCGCCCU